AUGAAGAAAGAACAGGUAUUGCAGCAGGAAGAGAGCGAUUCCGCCCUGGCAAGGCGACUUCAUGAGGAAAUAAAUGGCCCUGGAAACGUCCAACCCGGAGCUGGAAGCAUUCCCAAUCAGGCAUCAGGUGUGAAGCUCAUAGAGUGCCCUGCAUGCACCUUUAUCAAUACCAUCACUGAAUUUGUGCCUGGCCGCUCUUAUACUUGUGAACAGUGUUUUACUCCUCUUUCUGUUCCGGCAUCAAAUGAAACAAUUGAUGCACCAGAUAGUAACCAGAAGAUGGUUAUGUGCAACGCUUGUCAAUACAUGAAUCGGAUUCCUUUGGGGAAUUUUGACGCCAUUGUUUGUGGUGCCUGUUGUCACAAACUCAAAGGCAAGACUCCGGUGAGUGAGACUCAACAUCCCCAAUUGCCUCCCGCUUCCACACGGCCACUUCAGGUCCGCUGUGGAGAAUGUAGUAGCAUCAAUGCAUUGCAGGUUGGUAUGGGAGUGUCAACUGUGAGGUUUGAGUGCGGUUCCUGUCAAACAGUUAAUGAAGUUUCGCUGUAA